AUGGGUAAUGCAGCUCUCUGCCAGUCUUGUCAUACAGAGAAGAGCGUAAGAGCACAAGGAAACAUGCAAGAGUUGGAUAAAACCCCAGAUUACUAUGGCUACAACUGUGAGGAUGUCAGAGAGUCUGAGGCUCUGUCUGACAGCAAUGCCAGCUUUCUCAGAGCGGCCAGAGCUGGCAAUCUUGAUAAAGUGGUGGAGUACUUGAAAGGAGGGAUAGACAUCAAUACAUGCAAUCAGAAUGGACUCAAUGCCUUGCACCUGGCAGCCAAGGAAGGCCAUGUGGGACUGGUCCAAGAGUUGUUGGGAAGAGGAUCAGUGGUAGAUUCUGCCACUAAGAAGGGAAAUACAGCUCUACACAUUGCAUCUUUGGCUGGACAAGCCGAAGUUGUCAAAGUUCUGGUUAAGGAAGGAGCCAAUAUCAAUGCACAGUCUCAGAAUGGCUUCACUCCUCUAUAUAUGGCAGCUCAAGAGAAUCACAUGGACGUAGUGAAAUAUUUGUUGGAAAAUGGAGCUAAUCAGAGCAUUGCUACUGAGGAUGGCUUCACUCCCCUGGCUGUGGCACUACAACAAGGACACAACCAAGCUGUGGCAAUCCUCCUGGAGAAUGAUACCAAGGGAAAAGUUCGCCUGCCUGCCCUGCAUAUUGCUGCUAGGAAAGAUGACACCAAAUCUGCAGCCCUCCUGCUCCAGAAUGACCACAAUGCUGAUGUUCAAUCCAAGAUGAUGGUGAAUAGGACAACUGAGAGUGGUUUUACCCCAUUGCACAUAGCUGCACACUAUGGAAAUGUUAAUGUGGCAACCCUUCUUCUUAACCGAGGAGCCGCUGUGGACUUCACAGCCAGGAAUGGAAUCACUCCUCUGCAUGUGGCUUCCAAAAGGGGAAAUACAAAUAUGGUGAAGCUCUUACUGGAUCGUGGAGGUCAGAUCGAUGCCAAAACCAGGGAUGGGCUGACACCACUUCAUUGUGCAGCACGGAGUGGGCAUGACCAGGUGGUAGAACUUCUUUUAGAACGAGGAGCCCCCUUGCUGGCAAGGACCAAGAACGGACUGUCUCCACUUCACAUGGCUGCACAAGGGGACCACGUUGAAUGUGUGAAACACCUGCUACAGCAUAAGGCCCCAGUGGAUGACGUCACCCUGGACUACCUGACUGCCCUCCAUGUUGCUGCACACUGUGGCCACUAUCGUGUGACCAAACUUCUUCUGGACAAGAGAGCCAAUCCUAACGCCAGAGCCUUGAACGGUUUUACUCCACUGCACAUUGCGUGCAAGAAAAACCGCAUCAAAGUCAUGGAACUGCUGGUGAAAUAUGGGGCUUCAAUCCAGGCUAUAACAGAGUCUGGCCUCACACCAAUACAUGUGGCUGCUUUCAUGGGCCACCUGAACAUAGUCCUCCUUCUGCUGCAGAAUGGAGCCUCUCCAGAUGUCACUAACAUUCGUGGAGAGACUGCACUCCAUAUGGCAGCCCGGGCUGGGCAGGUGGAAGUAGUCCGUUGCCUUCUAAGAAAUGGUGCUCUUGUGGAUGCCAGAGCCAGGGAGGAACAGACUCCCUUGCACAUUGCUUCUCGCCUGGGUAAGACAGAAAUAGUCCAGCUGCUUCUCCAACAUAUGGCUCACCCAGAUGCAGCCACUAAAAAUGGAUACACACCCCUGCACAUCUCAGCUAGGGAAGGCCAGGUAGAUGUGGCAUCGGUACUUCUGGAAGCAGGAGCAGCUCAUUCUUUAGCUACUAAGAAGGGAUUUACACCACUGCAUGUAGCUGCAAAAUAUGGAAGCCUGGAUGUGGCAAAACUGCUCUUUCAACGACGUGCUUCCCCGGAUUCCGCUGGCAAGAAUGGCCUCACCCCACUCCAUGUUGCUGCUCAUUAUGACAACCAGAAGGUGGCGCUGCUGUUACUGGAGAAAGGUGCAUCUCCUCAUGCCACUGCCAAGAAUGGCUACACUCCAUUGCAUAUUGCUGCUAAGAAGAAUCAGAUGCAGAUAGCUACCACAUUACUGAACUAUGGAGCAGAGACCAACAUUGUGACAAAGCAAGGGGUCACUCCACUUCAUCUGGCCUCUCAGGAAGGCCACACUGACAUGGUAACCCUACUCCUGGAUAAAGGAUCCAACAUCCACAUGUCAACAAAGAGUGGACUGACAUCCUUGCAUCUCGCAGCUCAAGAGGAUAAAGUGAAUGUUGCCGAAAUCCUUACUAAGCAUGGUGCCAACAAGGAUGCUCAGACUAAGCUUGGUUAUACUCCUUUGAUUGUGGCCUGCCACUAUGGAAAUGUAAAAAUGGUCAACUUUCUUCUGAAGCAAGGAGCAAAUGUCAAUGCAAAAACCAAGAAUGGCUACACGCCUCUGCAUCAAGCCGCCCAACAAGGCCACACUCACAUCAUCAAUGUACUUCUCCAGCAUGGGGCCAAGCCAAAUGCCAUUACUGCUAAUGGCAACACUGCCCUAGCAAUUGCUAAACGUCUGGGAUACAUCUCUGUGGUCGAUACGCUGAAGGUUGUAACUGAGGAGGUUACCACCACCACAACGACUGUUACUGAGAAACACAAGCUAAAUGUACCUGAGACAAUGACCGAGGUCCUUGAUGUUUCUGAUGAAGAAGCCUUAAAACAGUCUGGCGGCCACUUUUCUGAUGGAGAAGCGCUUAGUGAUUCAGGUGAGGAUACCAUGACAGGAGAUGGCGGGGAAUACUUGAGACCUGAAGAUCUGAAAGAACUAGGUGAUGACUCUCUGCCCAGCAGCCAGUUCCUUGAUGGAAUGAGUUACUUGAGAUACAGCUUAGAGGGAGGACGAUCGGACAGCCUUCGAUCCUUCAGUUCAGACAGGUCCCACACCCUGAGCCAUGCCUCCUACCUGAGGGAUAGCGCCAUGAUUGAUGAGACAGUUGUAAUCCCCAGCCACCAGGUAUCAACUCUGGCCAAGGAGGCAGAAAGGACUUCCUAUCGUCUCAGCUGGGGUACUGACCAUUUAGAUAAUGUGGCUCUUUCUUCCAGUCCAAUUCAUUCUGGCCGCUCAUCUCCAUGUCUUGAUCGUGACAACGGCAGUUUCCUGGUUAGUUUUAUGGUGGAUGCCCGAGGUGGUGCUAUGCGUGGCUGCAGACAUAAUGGACUCAGGAUUAUUAUUCCACCUCGGAAAUGUACUGCACCAACACGAGUCACUUGCCGACUAGUCAAACGCCAUAGACUGGCCACAAUGCCUCCAAUGGUGGAAGGAGAAGGCCUAGCCAGUCGUCUCAUUGAAGUUGGACCUUCUGGUGCUCAGUUCCUUGGUAAACUUCACCUGCCAACGGCUCCUCCCCCACUUAAUGAGGGAGAAAGCUUGGUCAGCCGAAUCCUUCAGCUGGGGCCUCCUGGAACCAAAUUCCUUGGGCCUGUGAUUGUGGAGAUCCCUCAUUUCGCGGCCCUUCGAGGAAAGGAGAGGGAACUGGUGAUUCUUCGAAGUGAAAAUGGGGACAGCUGGAAAGAACAUUAUUGUGAAUACACAGAGGAUGAAUUGAAUGAAAUCCUCAAUGGCAUGGAUGAAGUGCUCGAUAGCCCAGAAGAUUUGGAAAAGAAGCGGAUAUGUCGCAUCAUCACCCGAGACUUCCCACAGUACUUUGCAGUGGUGUCCCGUAUCAAGCAGGACAGCAAUUUGAUUGGACCAGAGGGAGGGGUGCUAAGCAGUACUGUGGUAUCCCAAGUGCAGGCUGUCUUCCCUGAGGGAGCACUAACAAAGCGGAUCCGUGUUGGUUUGCAGGCCCAACCUAUGCACAGUGAACUCAUUAGGAAGAUCCUGGGCAACAAAGCUACUUUCAGCCCAAUAGUCACUUUGGAACCUCGAAGAAGAAAAUUCCACAAGCCAAUCACUAUGACAAUUCCUGUCCCCAAAGCCUCCAGUGACGGCAUGCUGAAUGGUUUUGGGGGUGACACACCUACUUUAAGGUUACUAUGCAGCAUAACAGGUGGAACAACUCCAGCACAGUGGGAAGAUAUCACAGGGACCACACCACUCACAUUUGUCAAUGAAUGUGUUUCCUUUACGACUAAUGUGUCUGCCAGGUUCUGGUUGAUAGACUGUCGACAAAUCCAGGAAUCUGUUACUUUCGCUUCCCAAGUGUAUAGAGAGAUUAUCUGUGUACCCUAUAUGGCCAAAUUUGUAGUGUUUGCCAAAUCACAGGAUCCCAUCGAAGCACGGUUACGAUGCUUCUGCAUGACUGAUGACAAAGUGGACAAGACUCUAGAACAACAGGAGAACUUUGCAGAGGUCGCCAGGAGCAGGGAUGUGGAGGUAUUAGAAGGAAAACCUAUCUACGUGGACUGCUUUGGGAAUCUGGUACCACUGACAAAGAGUGGUCAACAUCACAUAUUCAGUUUUUUUGCCUUCAAAGAAAACAGACUUCCACUGUUUGUCAAGGUACGGGAUACAACUCAGGAACCUUGUGGAAGACUUUCCUUUAUGAAGGAGCCCAAAUCAACAAGAGGAUUAGUGCAUCAAGCAAUCUGCAACUUAAAUAUCACACUGCCACUUUAUACUAAGGAGUCAGAAUCAGAUCAAGAACAGGAGGAAGAGAUCGAUAUGACAUCAGAAAAAAACGAUGAGACAGAAUCUACAGAAACAUCUGUCGUGAAAAGCCACCUCGUUAAUGAAGUUCCUGUCCUAGCGAGUCCGGACUUGCUCUCUGAAGUUUCUGAGAUGAAGCAAGAUUUGAUUAAGAUGACCGCCAUCUUGACAACAGAUGCCUCAGAUAAGACAGGCUCUAUUAAGGUGAAAGAGUUGGUAAAGGCAGCUGAUGAAGAGCCAGGCGAGCCCUUUGAAAUUGUUGAAAGAGUUAAGGAGGACUUAGAGAAAGUAAAUGAAAUUUUGCGAAGUGGAACAUACACCAGAGAAGAACGCCUAAAUCAAAAGUCUCAGUCAGGGAGAGAAUUAGUGGAAGAAGAGUGGGUAAUUGUCAGUGAUGAGGAAAUUAAGGAGGCUAAGCGAAUGGCUCCUGUAGAAGUCACUGAAUCUCCAUGUGUAGAGGUUAGACUAGAAGCAGGGAAAAGAGAAGAAGUUAAAAAAGACCCAACUGGGAUAGUGAAGUAUCUCACUGAUGAUCUAAAUUCCUAUGAGGCUCUUCAUGAAGUAUGUCCACAGAUAGGCCAAGAUUCAGUAGGAAAGAAAUCUGAGGCUACUGUUACUAGCGGGAGCUCAGAAAAGGAGGGACGAGAUGAGACACAGAGUACACAAGAACCACACAGACCAACCUUGGGGAUAAAGAAGCCAGUGAGGAGGAAAUUAAAAGAAAAGCAAAAGGAGGAAAAUUUACAAACCAGUGAAGGAACAACUGACCUUAAAAAAUGUAGCUCAGAGGAGUCAUUAGAUGAGGAAUCAGGUUUAGCACCUGAAGCUGUCCCCACAGUCAGAGCUGUGUCCCCAGUGAUAGAAGAAACCCCUAUUGGCUCAAUAAAAGACAAAGUAAAGGCACUUCAGAAACGAGUAGAAGAUGAACAGAAAGGCCGCAGCAAACUGCCUGUCAGAGUGAAAGGUAAAGAGGGUAUAGCUCAGGAGCUCCCUAAAAAGACAAUUCACAGGUCGCAUGUACCUGGGUCACCCUCAGCUAAAACAGAAAGACAUUCACCUGCUUCACCUUCCAGUAAGACAGAGAGACAUCCUCCCCUUUCAGGUUCAGCUAAAACAGAGAGACAUUCACCUAUAUCACCCUCAGCCAGAACUGAAAGGCCUUCACCUAUGUCAUCCUCUGGGAAAACGGAGAAACACCCACCUGUGUCACCAUCCAGCAAAACAGAGAGACGGCCACCUGUAUCACCUUCUGGGAAAACAGAGAAACACUCAUCUGCAUCACCUACCGGGAAAACAGAAAAACACCUACCCAUAUCACCCUCUGGGAAAACGGAAAGACACUCUUCCACUUCACCAUCUUCGAAAACGGAAAAGCACCCACCUGUAUCACCCUCCUCAAGAACAGAGAAGUACCCACCUGUAUCACCCUCCUCAAGAACAGAGAAGCACCCACCUGUAUCACCCUCCUCAAAAGCAGAGAAGCACCCUCCUGUAUCACCCUCCUCUAAAACAGAGAAGCACCCACCUGUAUCACCCUCCUCAAGAACAGAGAAGCACCUGCCCAUAUCACCCUCCUCAAGAGCAGAGAAGCACCCACCUGUAUCACCCUCCUCGAAAACAGAGAAGCACCCACCUGUAUCACCCUCCUCAAGAACAGAAAGACUCGAAGAGACAAUGUCAGUUCGAGAACUGAUGAAAGCCUUCCAGUCAGGUCAGGACCCAUCUAAACAUAAAACUGGAUUAUUUGAACACAAAUCUGCAAAACCAAAAUCACCACAAGAGAAAGGAAAAGCCCGGGUAGAAAAAGAAAAGGGGCAGGCACUAACACAGAAAGAGAGCCCUCAGAAGUCAGAGAGUCAGACUAUCAAACGAGGCCAGAAAUUUCAGGCAACGGUAUCUUCUGAUUCCAAGAGAGGAGCUCGGGUUUCCUCUGGAGGAAUUAAGAGAGAAGAUGUAGUUGGUGGAAAGGAGAAAGGCUUGGGUCUCAAAAUAACUGGACCCACUCACUCGGUGCUUCAAGAAGAAAGUACAAAAGAGAGUUCCUUAACAAAGGGAAAGGGAGCUGAUGAACUGGGAGACCUUGAUCUCCAGAUCAGCCCAGACAGGAAAACCUCAACUGACUUCUCUGAGGUCAUUAAAGAAGAGCUAGAAGACAAUGACAGAUAUCAACAGUUCCGACAAUAUGAAGACACAGAAAAGGCACAGGUCCACUUAGACCAAGUGCUGACAAGUCCAUUCAAUGCCACUUUUCCACCUGAUUACAUGAAGGAUGGGUUUUUGCCAGCGCUGACUUUACAGAGCAGUGCUUUAGAUGGCAGCUGUGAAAGCCUUAAACAUGAAGGGGUAACUGCUUCUCCAUGUGGGAGCCUCAUGGAAGGGACACCACCUCAGGUUAGCUCAGAGGAAAGCUACAAGCAUGAGGGGCUUGCGGAGACUCCCGAGACAAGCCCCGAAAGCCUUUCUUUCUCACCAAAGAAAAGUGAUGAGCAAAUUGGGGAGACAAAGGAAACUGCUGUAGUAGAUGGGCCAACUGAAACCCACUCAGCAAAACAAUACAUCACAACCAAAGACAUUACCAAUGCUUCUGAAAAGCCACUUGAAGUAGUUAGCAAGACCCUGAAGCCUACUGCUGAGUGUCCUUCAAAAGAGGCUGAUGAGGAAUGUUCUAGAGAUGUAUGCCAGAGCCAAGAGGUUGGUGGUAUGAGCACCAGCAGCUGUAGUACAGAACCACCCAAUGAAGCAUCAGAAGAACUUGCCAAGGAAGCUAGCAAUGAAGAUCAACUGAUGCUCGAUAGCUCAACCUCCCUGACAAAAGCUGGCGAGGAGGACAAAGAAUCAACCUCCAUUGAACACACAGAUCAGACAAAAGCUUCAGAGGUUUCUGACUCUUCCAUACAGAAAGAUAAAGACUCGGACACUUCUGUAAAGAAAGAUAAAGAGACAGAAUCUGAGCACCGUGGAAUUGUUAGAAGUCCCCAAGGACUAGAACUUUCCCUUCCCAGCCAUGAUAGUGAAGGCCUCAGCCCUGUAGCUGAUGAAUCAUUGGCAAUCAGUCACAAAGACUCUUUGGAAGCAAGUCCAGUCCUAGAAGACAACUCCUCCCACAAAACCCCUGAUUCCUUGGAGCCAAGUCCUUUGAAGGAAUCCCCUUGCCGUGAUUCCCUUGAAAGCAGUCCUGUUGAGCCAAAGAUGAAGCCGGGAAUUCUCACAGGUCAUGUUCCACUUCCUGCACCCUCCACCAAAGCCGAAGUCUUCACCGAGCUAGCUUCUGUACGUUCAAGGCUUCUCCGUGACCCUGAUGGUAGUGCUGAGGACGACAGCCUGGAACAAACCUCUUUAAUGGAGAGUUCUGGGAAGAGUCCUCUUUCUCCUGACACCCCCAGCUCAGAAGAGAUUAGUUAUGAAAUCACCCCCAAAGCAACUGAUGCUAAUGCACCUAAGCCAGCCGUCAUCCCUGAAUGCACAGAGGAGGAGGAUUCUGAAAAUGGAGAAAAGAAGAGAUUCACCCCUGAAGAGGAAAUGUUUAAAAUGGUAACCAAGAUCAAAAUGUUUGAUGAACUUGAACAGGAAGCCAAGCAGAAGAGGGACUGCAAAAAGGAAUGUAAGCAAGAUGAUUCCUCUACAGGCUCUGAGCCAGAUAGUGACAAUACAGUUGCAGAAGAAGAAAAAAAGCCUAUGGCAAGUGAGGAAAGGGAAGGAGACGCACCAGUUGUCAUGAUCUCUGAAAGCAGGAAGACUUCUUCAUCUUCAGAGAGUGAGCCUGAGUUGACCCAGCUUAAGAAGGGUGUUGAAGCAGGUCUACUAGAGCCAGUCAUCCGAGUACAGCCCCCCUCUCCACUUCCAUCUGACAUAGAUUCUAAUUCCAGCCCUGAAGAAGCAGGAUUCCAGCCCAUUGUUUCUAAGCAAUACACUUUCAAAAUGGAGGAAGAGACCCAGCAAGAACCAGCAAAGCCUACGAUGGACAAAGAUUCUGAAUCCCCUUCACCUGAGGAAAGACACAGCAUUUCUGCUGAAGAAUCAGAGGAUCUGCAUUUUGAUCCAAGCAAAGAGAUAGAAACUGUCAAAGCAGAUUCUUGUACUGGAAAUGGAUGUGAACCCAGCAGUCCCAGUGAACCAGCUAUUUCCUUCCAUGCAGGUCUCCAGACUUCCACUGGUGAUGAUUUUGAAGAGAAAUCAGUAGCUCAUAAAAUAUCAUUACAUCAGCAAGAUACUCAGGAAAAAGACAUAGCAGGGGAAAAGCAAGAUCUUGACGUUUCCAGAAUUGAAUCUACCAAAGCAGACUGUCCCUGUGCAGAAAGCUCUCAAUUCUUGCCCUCAAUUUCCCAUUGCUCAACAGCUGAUGAAAUGGAGCAGGAUAAAGACAUCUCUGCCACAUCCUCAGCUGUAGAAUUAGACAUGGCAAAAAGUGAUCACAGUUUUGAGAGCUCUACAAAGAACGUUCCUACUGAAGACCCAUCCAUUGCUAUGGAAACAGAUAAAUUAUCCACAGGUGGCCCUGUAACUGAUACAGCUGACACUGAUGAACUUUAUGCACCACAGAUAACAAGCCCUUAUGAAAAUGUUCCUUCCCAAUAUUUUUUCUCUAGUGAAGAAAGUACGACGAAAACAAUCACUGGACAAACAGGAAACUUGCUUUCUGCCGAAGCUCAUUCUAUUAACAUAAAAUCCUCUAUAGACAAUACAAUAGUGGAGAGUUCCUUCAGUGGAUCUAUUUCAAAGGAAACGUCACUUUUUGCAGACCAGUACAUGGAAAUAGAACCAAAACAAGAAAGUUCCCUGCAAACGGACGACACUGCCUCAUCAUCUGUCAGUGAGCAGAGAAGUAAAGUCAUCAUCACCAAAACGGAUGUGGAUUCUGAUUCCUGGAGUGAAAUACGGGAAGAUGAUGAAGCAUUCGAGGCUCGCGUGAAAGAAGAAGAACAAAAGAUUUUUGGAUUGAUGGUAGAUCGGCAGUCACAGGGUACAACACCUGAUACCACACCUGCGAGAACACCAACAGAAGAGGGGACACCUACAAGUGAACAAAAUCCCUUUCUCUUCCAGGAAGGAAAGCUGUUUGAGAUGACCAGAAGUGGUGCCAUUGACAUGACCAAAAGAACCUAUGCAGAUGAAAGUUUUCACUUUUUCCAAAUCGGGCAACAAGCCAGCCAAGAGACUUUGUCCAAAGACAUAAAAGAAGGGAUGACAAUGGUGGACCCUUCUCAGUUGGAGAAAUUACCAGAAUCAGUAGUAGAUUCUGAAGAAACAGUUGCACAAGAAACAGAUUUGCCAACAGAAGACUUGAGUGAGAAAGUAGAUGAAAAAGUUUCUACAGAUUCUGGAACUAUCAAAGCUGAACAAACAUCAAGAAUCCCGGUUCAAGUGGGAAUUUCAGCUUCCUCUCAAUCAACCACAGAAGAGGUUAUUUCCACAGACACUACAGAAACUGAGACUUUCUCCCCUCAGGAAACUGGUGAUGUGGCCACUGUGUCCAGCACAGCUCAGAUGCCUUGCUCUGACUCCCCUGAGCCUAUUACAGAAGUUCAGUUAGAUUUUUCUACUGUCACCAGGUCUGUCUAUUCUGAGCGAGAAGAUGAUUCCCCAGACUCUUCCCCUGAGGAUCAGAAAUCUGUGAUUGAAAUACCCACUGGAGCCACAGAGAAUGUGCCUUCUGAUGAAAGCAAGUCCAAAAUUCCUGUCCGGACCCUACCACCUUCGUCUCCAGAAUUGCCACCUGUCGAAUGUGAGGCUUCCCAUUCUGAGGAUUCUCCACUCAGCCCAAAUGAUGAAAGUAAGAAUGAUGAAGCAAAACCAAAGUCUAAAAUCCCCAUCAAAGCUUCCUUCCAAAGAGUUGAGCAACAGUUUACACACACAGAGACAUCUGACCAGCAGGCAGUGACUCCUCAGCCCUCAGACCCAAUAAGCAAAGGACCUGAUAAUCGAAGUAAAUCUGAAUCUGAUUCUAGCUCUUGGGAUUCAAAGACCAAGCAUCCAGUAAAAGCUAGAAGUUAUGUUGAGGUAGAAUCAGAGGCCAGAGAGGGUACAGGGGAGACCCAGCAGCAGUUAGAAACAGAUGAGGGAACUCUACAACCAAAGACAUUUUCCUCAAGGUUGCCAGUUAAAAGUAGAAGCACCUCUUCAUCCUGCAGGACUAUUAGCCCCACAAAAGACAGUAGGGAACACUUUUUUGACCUUUAUAGAAAUUCCAUAGAGUUCUUUGAGGAGAUUAGUGAUGAAGCUUCCAAGUUAGUAGAUAGGCUUACCCAAUCAGAGAGGGAGCAAGAGUUAGUGUCAGAUGAUGAAAGCAGCAGUGCCCUGGAAGUUUCUGUAAUUGAAAAUGUGCUACCCGUUGAGACGGAGCAGUCAGUGCAAGAGGACAUCUUUGAUACCAGGCCCAUUUGGGAUGAGUCCAUUGAGACUCUGAUUGAGCGCAUUCCUGAUGACAAUGGCCAUGACCAUGCUGAAGAUCCGCAGGAUGACCAGGAGCAUAUUGAAGAAAGAUUGGCUCAUAUUGCUGAUCAUCUUGGCUUUAGUUGGACAGAAUUAGCAAGAGAACUGGAUUUCACAGAAGAACAAAUUCACCAAAUCCGAAUUGAAAACCCUAAUUCCCUACAGGACCAGAGUCAUGCAUUGCUGAAAUACUGGCUUGAAAGAGAUGGUAAACAUGCCACAGACAAAAGCCUCACUGAGUGUCUAACUAAGAUCAAUCGGAUGGAUAUUGUUCAUCUAAUGGAAACUAGCACCAUGGAACCUCUUCAAGAGCGGACUAGCCGUACUUAUGCAGAAAUUGAGCAGACAAUUGCACUGGACCAUAGUGAAGGGUUUUCGGUGCUUCAGGAAGAGAUGUGCACUCCACAGCACAAGAAGAAAGGGGAGCAAGUUGUUUCAAAAGAGCACGAACCAUCUUCUGAUCAUCCCCCCAUUGUCUCUGAAGAGGACAUUUCUGUUGGCUAUUCUUCCUUUCAGGACGGCAUCCCUAAAACUGAGGGAGAGUUGACAGUGGAAGAGCUCACUCAACAAAUUCACAGAGAGCGAGUGCAAGUUGAGUUCUCAGGGAAAUUGGAAGAUUUGGUAGAAGAUUCUUCUGUUGACCACCAGCAGGAAUACUUUGUCACCACUCCAGGAACUGAACAGGAAGAAGCAAGAAAAGUGGUCCAAGUAUCCGGUUCCCUUGUUAAAACACCUGAAGAAAUUACUGCAGCUUCCGAAGAAGAGAGGCUCUACCUCCAGACCCCAACAUCCGGUGAUCAAGGAGAAUCUCCCAUUGUGCAAGAACCUGAGGAGCUCCAAUUAAAUAAGGAAGAGAGCUCUCCAAGGAGAAGUAGUCUUGUCAUUGUAGAGUCAGCAGAAGACCAACCGCAGAAACUUGAAAAAUUUGAAGAGGAAUCUUUUGAAAAGGAGCUCAACAAGGAAUUAGGUGAGCUGGAUGUCAGCUCAGAUGAGGAUGCUAUGGUAACCACCAGGGUUGUUCGUCGCCGAGUGAUAAUUCAGGGUGAUGAUAUGCCUGACAUACCAUCAGAAACAGUAACAGAAGAAGAAUACACUGAUGAAUACGGACACACUGUAGUGAAGAAGGUCACCAGAAAGGUCAUUAGGCGGUACCUGUCCCCAGAAGGCAUAGAAAAAGAAGAAGUUACUAUGUGUGGAACUCUACAGGAGCCUGUGAAUAUUGAGGAAGGGGAUGGUUACUCCAAGGUUAUAAAACGUGUGGUGCUGAAGAGUGACAGCGAACAGACAGAGGUAACUUUCUCUGAGCCCAGUGCUUCACAGUUUCAGUCUGAGCCUGUGGAAGGCCGUAAGGUCAGCAAAGUUGUUAAGACAACUGUGGUACAUGGAGAAAGGAUGGAGAAACAUCUGGGGGAUGCUAGUUUAGCUACUGAUCUUCCAUCAGCCAAAGAUGACUUUGAAGAGGCUUUGAGUUAUACAGGUAGCCAUGGAAAAGUCCACCUGCCCAGUUUAGUAGAAAAUGAGAUCAUGAAAGAGGAUGGAUCAGUUAUUAAAAGGACAACAAUGAAUAAAGCCAGGACACAGAAGAGGACUGUAGUAAAGGACCAGCAUGGAAAACACAUUCACUUGGAACAGCUAGAGGAUGUCCCAGAAGCAUUAAAUCCAGAUGACCUCCAGCAUGACCUCCAGCAACUUCUUAGACAUUUCUGUAGGGAGGAUUGGAAGCAUGAGGCCAAAUGAAAAGCUGCCCACAUCUUAUACAAGAAAACUACAUACCCACUUAGUAUGCAGCUUUCACUUUCUUCAGUAGGUAUAGUGAUCACAAAUUGCCUAAUUAAUGGGAUACACUGGCAUUUCUACUUUUAUCACACACCGUGCUUUUGAUUUUUUUUUUCUUCUUUCUUUUUGUUUUUAACUGUAAGCCAAUUUGUGACCAAAGAUAGUAUCCUUCAUUCUGGAUGGUUUAUUCACUAAAUUGUUGACUUUGUGCUCUACUGGGAACUCACCACCUCCGUUGUUCCUUUGCUUCCGAGCUAGUUCCAUGAGAAUCCAUUGAUCCGAACGGCGCCAUCUGCAGGCCUCUUCGAGUGACCAUGUAUAUGUUCUGAUAAAAAGAAUAUCUACACAAACUGUACAUAGCUAAAGUGCUUGAACUUACAAAACUUUAAGAGAAAAUGUCUAUCAUGACUACACUUAUCGUCCUGGAAUAAAGGGUUUAUAGAAAUUGCUGAACAAUGAUUAAUAAAGAUAUUGCUAACACAAUCGACUGAAAAUACAGAUCUGCUGCAAAAGCGCCCUUCCAACCUACCUUGUCCAUAGGACUUCCAGCUUAGUGAUCUCUCACCAUGAAGGGCUGUAAGGGUCAGCUGGUGAUCACCUUCAAGUACAGCCCUUACUGCAAAGUGCCCGCUGGAUGUGCCCAGCUACACUUUAAGACUCUCUAACUGCCACUUAAAGAAUUCUGGGGGAUAAAACCAAUGGAGGAACAAAAGAAAACAAAUUAUCAAUUCUCUAGCAGCUAAACUACAUCCUAUGGCACAUUUGAAUUUUAAGAUCCUUCCAAUUGGGACUCGUGGGCAGGGUGUAUUAAAUAGAUAUAACACAGUCGUUUUUUGUUCUCACUGCUUUAGCAAACCACAUUGUCUUACUGGUGGUACCUUCUGCUGGCCACUGCACUGUAGAUAACUGAGUGGGAAACAAGGUUUACUCGCUAGACAUAAAGUUAAACUCUUUCACCAUGUUUGUUUGUUUGUUUGUUUUUAAUUUUUUGGAUUGCCUCUUCCCAGAUACAUGCAUGUGGCAUUUAAAAAUUCAACCCCAAAACAAAAACCCUCUUGUAAUCAUGUUGAGAGCUUAUCAUCCUUUACUCUUAGCACUGAGUGAUCAGUUUUGAACUUCAGAUUGGGACUGUUUUCUGUUUGCAGAUGAGAUUCAGAAAGUUUGAUUUUGGUUAGUAAUUUUGGUUUAUUUGUUUACAUUUUUGGCUAACAUGCUAAGAUUUACAAGAACAUUUCUGCACUUUUUGUUUGGUUUCAAAGAAGGGAAUAUAAAAUCUGAGAAAUUUCCAUGUCCUAUACCUUAUUCUUCUAGUGGUUGGAGCUGUGUAGUAUUUUAACAUAUAUAUAUAAUAUAUACAAAUAUCUACAUAUAAACAAUAUACAUUUUGAAUCAGUUAUUUGAUAAAGUAUAUUCAAAGAUGAAGGAAAAAAUGAGUCAAUCCUCCAGGGACUGAAAAUUUUCCAAUCCUAUCUGGUCUUUUCCUGUUGUGGGGAAAAAAAUGACUCACUCUUUGCUCUGAAAGUUAAAAAAAAAACAAAGGCUGCAUACAAUGGCAUUUGAUCAUUAAAGUAACAAUGCCAAGAGAAAAAAAAAUCUUUUUUGGGAGGUAAGGCUGCUCAGAGGCCAAGCCCCUAAGACUCCCGUACUAGCACUUUUUGGCAGUCAGAUAGGAAAUAAAGUGUUCUUUGGCAGUCAAAAUAAGAGAGGUCCAGGGUGGAACAUUUAAGACACACCAUGGCUUUCUUCUUGUCAAAGACAGCAUUGGUUGACCUUUAAUGGAACUCAAGAAAAGCAUUUCUGUUGUGUUUUUUGCGGUGCAGAUGAUGUCUGUGUAACAACAUAAUGGUUAUUCACCUUUUUUGAUUUUGGUUUUUUGCUGUGUUAUCAAAGAACUUGAAUACUGUGAGAAAAAAAGUGAAUUUUAAGUUGAUGAAUCAGCAUCUUGUUCCCAUGGUGAUAACACCAAUUGAAUAUAUCUAUGAGGGCAUGUAUUAGUUAAAGGAAAAAAAAUACAACACUAACAACACAUAGCUGCAAUGUGUACAAUGGCUGAUUUAAUUAAAUAAAAUGUACAAGUGUUAAAUGUA